GUGGUGGUUAGAUUCAAUGCAAGCUCAAUGUCGGAGUACUUUGUUGUGAGAUAACUGCCUUCAUUUCAUUUAUUUAAUUUCAACAAUGGUUUCUGGGCUAGAGCAGUUUGUAAAUGCUGUCCAGAGUUUUUCGUCUCAAGGAAACUACAAUGACUUGUGUGAAGUAUUGAGAAAAUCAACUGAUGUCCUGUCAAAGAACUUGCAACAUCUAGACAAUGUAUUGGAAACUUUAGACCCAUUUCAACAUUCACUUGGCUUCUUGGCAGUGCUCUUUGUAAAAACAUCAAAUUUGCCCACACAUAUGACUCCACCCAGUGGUGCUGCUGAAGCUGCUGGACAUGCUGAGGCAAGAGCACUUGACACACUAGUAUUUUCUCAGUUUCAAAACUUUAUAGACCAAUGUGACAGUUCACAAGCUCGAUUAGCACCUGAAACAUAUUCAGAAGUUUGUCAUGCUAUAACUAGAGUUCUCGUUGAACAAAAACGCCCUCACAAGGGUAUUGAUCUCAUUAGAAAAGCUAUUCGCAAAAUUCAAAAGCAUGAAUCUCAGCUCACAGGUGCUCAUGCAGACCUAAUGCAGCUUUGUCUACUUGCAAAAAACUUUAAACCUGCUUUGGAGUUUCUGGAUGUUGAUAUAUGUAGCAUAAGUGAUGAGGGCUCACAAUCAGAAGCGAAGUACUUUUUACUCUACUUUUAUUAUGGUGCUAUGAUAUAUGCAGCACUUAAGAAGUUUGACAGAGCUCUGUACUUUCUGGAAGUAGUAAUCACUACUCCAGCCAUGGCUGUGUCUCAUAUUAUGCUGGAGGCUUAUAAGAAGUAUAUUCUUGUGUGUCUUAUUCUACAUGGCAAGGUAUUGAAUCCCCCUAAGUAUGCAUCACAGGUUGUAGAAAGGUUCAUCAAGCCUUUAAGCUCUGCUUACAACAAGCUGAGCCUUGCAUAUAGUACAAACAGUUGUGAGGAAGUGCAACAGUGCCUAAAUCUUUACGCUGAAACUUUUAACAGGGAUGGGAACAAUGGUCUCAGCAAACAAGUUCUUGUUUCUCUCAGAAAGAAAAACAUUCAACGCUUAACUAAAACCUUCCUCACACUUUCUCUCGCUGAUGUGGCCAGUCGUGUUCAGUUACCAUCUCCUCGAGAUGCUGAAAGGGCAAUCUUAAAUAUGAUUGAAGAUGGAGAAAUUUUCGCUAGUAUCAACCAGAAAGAUGGAAUGGUUUGUUUCCACGAUGAUCCUGAAAAAUAUAACACCCCGGUUGCGCUGCAACGUCUUGAAGAAGAGAUGGAGAGGUGCACUGAACUGGAUCGUAAAAUACUUGAGAUGGAUGAGAAGUUUUUGGUUAACCCAGCAUUUAUCAAGAAGCAGCAAUGUGGAUCUACUGAAGAGGAUAUUGCCUUAGCGCCAGCAAUGAGCGGACAGGGAUCUUCUACCUUUACUAUGUAAAGUGGCCCGGUAUGAAAAUGAUAAAGUUUUUGUCACUAAGUUGCAAACCUGUUAUCUGCUGCAAUCUGUGAGGAAGGUGUCAGUCAUUCUUCAAACGAUCAAAUCUAAGCUUUUAGACUCCAUCAGUUCAAGGUGCAAUUGAACUAAGUAGGUUUGUGGUUUGUAAGAACCUUAAGUUUUGUAGUUAAUUUUCACCUUACUAAAAAAAGGAAAAAGAAAAAAAAAAAGAAUGAAAGCAAACAAAACGCCUUUUUCAUUCCAGGGCUCCUCAGAUCCCCCCUUAACUUUUCCCUGCUUGCUACCAUAAUUUAGUGUUGUUCAAUUUUGUUUUCCUGGAAAAGCGCAAAAGCUUUUAAUUUGUCGCUAUUGAAUUAACCUUUACAUGUUGAUUUGAUUGGGAGAUAAGAGGAGAUUUGCUGUAAAAAUUGUGAUACUGCAGACAAAAAUAUUGUGAUUUAAAAAUAAAUCCAGAGACAAAUUUGAAUGGUGUUCACCACAUUGUUAGUUGAUAAAAAGUGGAGG